AUGAAAAAUGGGAAUAUUAAUGAUGACCAUGUUGGGAAUGAUCCAGUAACUCAGGCUUUAUUAAGGGCUUUUAAAAGGGUUGAUGGGGCUCUAAUAGGAAGUGUUAGUUGUGGGACAAUUGCUGAAAGGCUUCGCUCUAGUGGGGCAAAAUUGUUUAAGGGUAUUGUUGGAACUACUCCUAUUGUGGCUGAAUACUGGAUGGAAACUAUUGAACAAAUUUUAGAGGAUUUGGAUUGUACUCCUAAGCAAAAACUUAAGGGUGUUGUGUCUCUAUUGAGAGAUAAUGCAUAUCGAUGGUGGCAAUUAGUGGUUAGAGGAACCCUACCAGAGCGUAUUGAUUGGGCUUAUUUUCAGAAGGCCUUUCAGGGUAAGUAUAUGGGCCCUCGCUAUGUGGAGGCUCGACGGUUGGAAUUUAUUAAACUUAAACAGGGAGACAAUACAGUUUCUAAGCAUGAAGUAGAAUUUCUAAGGUUAAGUCGCUAUACACCUCGUAUGGUGGCAUCUGAGUAA